AUGUAUCCAGUUUCACGCCGAACAGCCGAACACUAUUCUGCCAAUCAGAUGAAGCUCGUGGUUCUUGGUCGCGAGCCAUUGGAUGUCCUCCAAAAUUGGGUAGUCGAACUAUUUUCAAGCAUCGAGAACAAGAACCUGGAGCAGAAUCGAUGGUCUGACAGGGAACCGUUCCGUCUGUCCGACCUUGGCACUCAAUGCUUUGCCAAACCAGUUAUGGACUCAAGGGUCUUGAGAAUAGUAUUCCCUUUCAUGGAUGAGCAUAGUAUUGAAUCGCCACCGAGCGAAUAUAUCGGCCACCUUGUUGGCCAUGAAGGUCCUGGGAGUAUCAUGGCGUACAUCAAAAGCAAGGGUUGGGCAAACAGCCUCGCUGCUGGUCUAGCUCCAGUCUGCGCUGGAUCUCCUGAUAACUUUGAAGUUCGUGUCGAGCUGACUGAAGAGUAUCUUCCACAAGAAUGGAUAUUCCAGGAGCAAAAACAUCUAGCUGAUGUAGAAUUCAAGUUCAGACAGAAGAUAUCAGUCAGUGAUUUCACUAGUCGAACCAGUUCCCUGAUGCAGACACCCUUAGACUGGAGGUGGCUGCUGAGAGGCCACAGCGGGGUUGGCAAGUUUGAUCCUUCACUCAUUGCAGAAUCUUUGGAGCACUUCCGUCCAGAAAACAUGAGAAUUGUUAUCUUGUCUCGUGACUUCCGUGGUGACUGGGACAAGAAGGAGACGUGGUACGGAACGGAGUAUCGCCACGAAAAGAUACCUGCAGAACUCAUAGUUGAGUUCAAGAAGUCCAAUGAAAUGUCCAAGGACAAGCGACUACACCUGAACUACGUUUGCCGCAAAAGAACAACUUCAUCCCUAACCCUGACAAGCUUGAAGUGGAGAAGAAGGAGCGUGCUCGACUCUGGUGGCUCGAACUUUGUGUAUAAGAAGACGCUUGAGGAUGGCAAAAACGUUAACCAUUGUAUUGAGACUUUUUUCUACGUUGGUCACCAAGGUGACUGCCAGGCCAGGGCAAAGACGCGCCUUGUCGAACAGAUGAUCCAGGAACCCGCCUUUGACCAACUACGCACCAAGGAGCGGCUUGGCUACAUUGUCUUUUCGGACUUGCGAAACCUGACCACUACUUUUGGGUUGCGACUUUUGGUCCAGACUGAGAAGACACCCGAACACCUUGACAGACGGAUCGAAGCUUUCUUGAAGCAAUUUGGGGAGCAGCUACAGGGAAUGAGCGAAGGCGAAUUUAAGAGCCACAAGCGUAGUCUUAUCAUCAAGCUUCUUAACAAACUUGACAACUUGAAGCAGGAGUCUUCAAGGCACUGGGAUCACAUUGAAAGUGAAGACUACAAUUUUGAGCGAAACCAGGGGGACGCUGCACUCAUCCAGCCACUUACAAAGUCAGAGAUGAUUGAAUUCUACAACUCUUAUUUCCACCCAUCUUCAACUACUCGCGCCCGUCUCUCGGUCCACCUCGAGGCACAAGGCGCAGGCAACCUGGAUACCAAGGUCAUCGGAGUCCUGAAGGAGAAUGGACCCGAGGAUAUUCCUCAGGAGAAGCGGCAGAGUGUGCAUCUCCUACGUAGCUAUCUUGAAGGUGAAAUGAAGAAGUCCUCUGAUGCGUUGAACAGUGUGAUCGAGGGGAUCAAGAAGUUGGGGCUCAGCCAAGAUGAUCAAGGUGAGGCAGUCGGCGGCCAGGGGAUUUCUGAUGUCCGCGACUUCAAGGCUGGCCUGUGUGUCAGCGCAGGCGCAAAAGCCGUCAAACAAAUCAGCGAGUUUGAGGAAACCGACAAGCAAUGA